CCGACUGCCAGAGAAACGAAAGUGAAACUCAGAACCGGCGCCUAUAAGAAGCGUCUCCACGAGCCUCCUCACUUCCGGUCCACCUCUGCCCUGCAGCCGGACCCAUGUCCUCGGACUGGACGCACUGGACUUUCACGGGAUGAGGGGCCUGAUCAACUACCGCCUGUCCUGCUGCGCCAACACCGUCCUGCAGAUGCUGGCGGCCACCUGGGAGCUGCACCAGCUCCUGAGCAGGUGGCGCUGCACUGGCGCGGCCUGUAGCACUUCAAAUGUUCCGCACCAGCUCCGCCUGUGUCUGGAGGCCAUGUGCCGCGGCAACUCUCAGUCAGCUCACCUGGACCUUCUGCGCUGCCUGGACCGGAACCACAUCGAGCUGGGUGUGCAGCAGGACGCGCACAACCUCCUCCUCCGCCUCCUCAGCCUGCUGCGGCAGCAGCUGGACGACCAGGCGCUGGCUUUGGGAAUCCAGGAUCUGUACAAGACCUCGGUGGAGACCCGCCUCAGGUGUCAGGAGUGCUCUUCUGUCAAGACCCUGAGCAGCUUCCUGCUCACUCUGCCGCUCAGUAUCCGGGAAGAUGAUGAUACCGUGGACGACUGCCUGAGGGCCUUCUUGCAGCAGCAGCAUCUGACUGGGCAGAACCAAUGCUUCUGUAUCCAGUGUGAGAGGAAGACGCCGACUGAAAAGGUGCUCCGGCUUCUCUCCCUGCCCCCCAUCCUGUGUCUGCACCUCCAGCGCUUCAGGAUCCGCAGAGGUUUCACCCGAAAACUCGACGGCCAAGUCUCUUUUCCAGAGACUCUGGACCUCUCUGCAGUACUGGAUGGAGUGUCUCAUCCCACCUUGCUCCAGAUCCCCUGCAGGUACGCACUGUUUGCUGUGGCGGUCCACUGUGGCACCGCUGUCUUUGGACACUACACUGCGUUUGUUCUCGACCAGAACCAGCGGUGGUUCUACAUAGACGACUCUCGCGUCCAGCAGGUGUCCUGGAGAGACGUGCAGUCCUCGUAUGGAGGCAGAGGCAGCAGAACCGCCUACAUGCUGAUGUACCGCAGAUGUCAGAGCCACCAGCAGCCGCCCACAUCUGGGUAACACCUGGAGCAGCCCAGCAACACAGCAGGGUGGCGCGCUCCUCGGGGGACCGCGGUGGUCCUAACGUUCAGAGGGUCAACAGUCACAUGGCUGGGACUUGCCUGGAACGGUCUCUCUCUCUAUUGAGCCACAGGGGGGUGCUGUUCCCCCUCGUGUUGUUGAAGGGCUGCUCAUGGAAACCAUUAAACACCUUUGAGUGAAGAUCGUUGCACAAGUGACUGGCUUUGAUACAACCGUCACCACUAGGCGGCAGUCAAGACCGACGCGUCAGCCGGUCAGUCGGCAGUGACGAAAAGAUCUGACGGCCCACCCCGGUUGCCAUAGCAAGAGGGAAACACCGCCGUAUUGUCUGAUGCGUUCAACUGAAGAAAGUCACAAUAAAAAGAUAAACGCUCGCAGUGUUUCCAGUGGCUGGUACCAGACGUCUCAGUGGCUUGGCCCGGGUUCUGGUGGGCCACGUGAGAGUGCUGCUGACGGAGUGGAACAUGUCUGUCUCACACACACACACAUCAGUGUUCAGGAGAGUCGUGCGCAUUCCGAGGGGCGGCAGCAACACCUCGCAGCGCUUCCUCCAUGCAGCACGACAACAGUGACACUAGAGUUGAGCAGUCACGGUCGGCACCUGCCUGACCCCACCUCAGCCGGUCACAUGACCCGUGUCUCAGCACCUCAGCCAGGAGUGUGUGUCUGGGCGUCUUCAGACCGGGGCCAGGACACACUUCAGGUCUCAUGUGUGGGGCAACUCAGCCAACAGCAGCCGUCCAUCCACGUCCAACCAUUUGGACUGAUCCUCCUCUGCAUUUCUCCUGCUGCUGCUGUGUCGCACUGCAACACUUGAAGCUGGAAUGACAGCCCAGGUCAAGCUGCUGUCCAGGGUGUCCCUGCCUGGAGGUGCUCCACUCUGCCUGUUGGAUUUGUCUGUGCCGAUAUCGACGCCUCAUGACACAGUACUGACAUCCCACUUGAGAACACGGCACAUGACCUU